CAAGCCUGUGUUUGCAUGUGGAGUCAGCAGCCGCAGCAUCAGCACCCGGGGACCUUAUUGUCAUCAUCUGGAAAACACCUCCUGGUCAUCGCCUUGUCAUCAGCCAGUGCUCGGAGAGGAGAGCGGGGGUCAAACAUGGGCUCCAGCUCCUCCUCCUAUGCCCCCAAAGCUAUUUAUCUGGAUGUGGACGGAAAAGUGCAGAAGGUGGUGUUCAGUCGGCACUGCAGUCCUUGUGACAUUAAGGAACUUCUCUGUUCUUCCUCCAACAUUCCCAGGAACACAGCUAUCAUGAUGGUGGAUCCUGAAGGCGCCUUGGUGUCCAUAGACCCCACCAUGCCGCCCAACUGUCCCAAUGCCUUGUACAAAGUUGUCCCCUUGUCUACUGGCCAACUUGGAGAGAAGGAGGACAUGUUUCAAAAUGUGUUGUCCCAGGUGGCUGAGCAGUUCAGCAGAGCAUUUCGCAUCAACGAGCUGAAGACGGAGGUCACCAACAGGCUUGCCAUGCUGGAGAAGAGAGUGGAGUUGGAAGGUCUGAAAGUGGUUGAGAUAGAGAAGUGUAAAAAUGAUCUGAGGAAGCUGCGGGACGAGAUGACUUCGAGAGUUGGCGGCAGGGUCAACUGUCCGUGCAAAUACAAUUUUGACGACGGCAAGAAGGUCACUCCGAGACGAGACGUCCCCAACUACCCAAAGUAUACACUGUCUCAGGAGACCAUUGAGGCACUGAAGAAGCCAACGUUUGACGUCUGGCACUGGGAGCACAAUGAGAUGCUGAGCUGUUUGGAGUAUAUGUACCAUGACUUGGGACUGGUGAAAGAAUUCAACAUGAACCCCAUCACGCUCAAACGCUGGCUGUUGGGCAUCCAGGACAACUACCGAAACAACCCAUUCCAUAAUUUCCGUCACUGCUUCUGCGUUAGUCAAAUGAUGUACGGCAUGAUCCACCUCUGCGACCUGCAGGAAAAGCUGACUCUCACGGACAUGGGCAUUCUAAUGACAGCUGCGGUGUGUCACGACCUGGACCACCCCGGAUACAACAACACGUACCAAAUCAAUGCCCGCACAGAGCUCGCGGUGCGCUAUAAUGACAUAUCGCCGCUGGAGAACCAUCACUGCGCCGUGGCUUUCCAGAUCCUGUCCCUUCCCGAGUGCAAUAUCUUUGCAAAUGUGGAUCCUGAGGCUUUCAAGCAGAUUCGACAGGCUAUAAUCACCCUCAUCCUUGCAACUGACAUGGCCAGACAUGGCGAGAUACUGGACUCCUUCAAGCAGAAAGUGGACAACUUUGACUUCACCAAUGAAGAGCAUGUGACAUGUCUCAAGAUGGUGUUGAUCAAAUGUUGCGACAUUUCUAACGAAGUGAGGCCCACCGAGGUAGCCGAACCAUGGGUGGACUGCCUACUGGAAGAGUACUUCAUGCAGAGUGACCGGGAGAAGUCAGAGGGCCUGCCGGUGGCCCCCUUCAUGGACAGAGACAAAGUCACCAAACCAACCGCUCAGAUAGGCUUCAUCAAGUUUGUCCUCAUCCCCAUGUUUGAAACCGUCAUGAAGCUUUUCCCUCAGAUUGAGGAGAUAAUGGUUCAACCUUUGAGGGACUCUCGAGACCACUAUGAGGAGCUGAAGCAGAUAGAUGACGCCAUGACAGAGGCACAGAAGAAAAAAACUGAAAAUAUGUCAUUAGGCGGGAAGAAGAAGUAAGCUGUGCAGUGAGUGAGUGCAGUGGUAUCUGUGGGUCCUCUUUUGUGUUCAAAUUAAGGAAAGACUUUAAAAAAACGGAGUGAGGGGCGGACGUCCGGGUGAAGACGCUGCAUCGUGAGGGGAGUGCCGAGAGACCGCACGCUCGACUAAACUUAGGCACCGAGAGGGUAUGGCAUCUUGAACUUUGUGACUUAGACUUUGGUAACGGAGAGGAGACCCCGCGUGACCCCUUGUCUUGUUUAUUUGUGGGGUUGACGUCGCUAUCUCUCUUUGUUUUUAUGUUUGACAGCACACGUUCAGAAGGGAGGUUUCAGGGGGGGGAAUUAUCAUUAUCAGUUUCAACAAAACAUCUUCAAAUACAGCAUUUCACAGCAAAUCAUGGUAAAAUAUAAAAAUGUUGCUUCAAAAGUACAAACCCCGUUUCCAUAUAAGUGGGAAAUAGUGUUAAACGUAAAUAUAAACGGAAAACAAUGAUUUGCAAAUCCUUUUCAAGCCAUAUUCAAUUGAAUGCACUACAAAGACAAGAUAUUUGAUGUUCAAACUCAUAGACUUUAUUGUUUUUGCAAAUAAUAAUUAACUUAGAAUUUCAUGGCUGCAACACAUGCCAAAGUAGUUGGGAAAGGGCAUGUUCACCACUGUGUUACAUCACCUUUUCUUUUAACAACACUCAAUAAACGUUUGGGAACUGAGGAAACUAAUUGUUGAAGCUUUGAAAGUGGAAUUCUUUCCCAUUCUUGUUUUAUGUAGAGCUUCAGUCGUUCAGCAGUCCGGGGUCUCCGCUGUCGUAUUUUACGCUUCAUAAUGCGCCACACAUUUUCCAUGGGAGACAUGUCUGGACUGCAGGCGAGCCAGGAAAGUACCCGCACUCUUUUACUAUGAAGCCACGCUGUUGUAACACGUGGCUUGGCAUUGUCUUGCUGAAAUAAGCAGGGGCGAAACCAAGCUGUUGUAACACUUGUCUUGCUGAAAUAAGCAGGGGCGUCCAUGAUAACGUUGCUUGGAUGACAACAUAUGUUGCUCCAAAACCUGUAUGGACCUUUCAGCAUUAAUGGUGCCUUCACAGAUGUGUAAGUUACCCAUGCUUUGGGCACUAAUGCACCCCCAUACCAUCACAGAUGCUGGCUUUUGAACUUUUUGCCUAUAACAAUCCGAAUGGUUAUUUUCCUCUUUGUUCGGGAGGACACCACGUCCACAGUUUCCAAAUAUAUAAUUUGAAAUGUGGACUCGUCAGACCACAGAACACUUUUCCACUUUGCAUCAGUCCAUCUUAGAUGAGCACAACACCCUGAAACGCCGCCAAGCCGGCGGCGUUUCAGGGUGUUGUUGAUAAAUGGGUUUGGCUUUGCAUAGUAGAGUUUUAACUUGCACUUACAGAUGUAGCGACCAACUGUAGUUAUUGACAGUGGUUUUAAGAAGUGUUCCUGAGCCCAUGUGGUGAUAUCCUUUACACACUGAUGUCGUUUUUUUGAUGCAGUACCGCCUGAGGAAUAAAAGUCCGUAAUAUCUCUUACGUGCAGUGAUUUCUCCAGAUUCUCUGAACUUUUUGAUGAUUUUACGAAUCCGUAGAUGGUAAAAUCCCUAAAUUCUUUGCAAUAGUUCGUUGAGAAAUGUUGUUCUAAAACUGUUCGACAAUUUGCUUACAAAGUGGUGACCCUCACCCCAUCCUUGUUUGUGAAUUACUUAGCAUUUCAUGGAAGCUGUUUUUAUACCCAAUCAUGGCACCCACCUGUUCCCAAUUAGCCUGCACACCUGUGGGAGGUUCCAUAUAAGUGUUUGAUGAGCAUUCCUCAACUUUAUCAGUAUUUAUUGCCACCUUUCCCAACUUCUUUGUCACAUGUUGCUGGCAUCAAAUUCUAAAGUUAAUGAUUAUUUGCAAAAAAAUAAAAAGUUUAUCAGUUUGAACAUCAAAUAUGUUGUCUUUGUAGCAUAUUCAACUGAAUAUGGGUUGAAAAUGAUUUGCAAA